AUGGGAAGAGUAAACAAGGCUUUAAUGGACAGUAUCUAUGUUAUUGAAUCUUAUAACAUUGAUUUUCCAUUGCCUGGAAAACAAACUAAGCCCAUAGAAAGUAAAGAGCCAUGUUCUGUAGUGUCAUUACCAUCGUAUCAUAAUGCUGACAAUCUCAUUGAUAUAGAUCUUUACAGCAUGCCCAUGGCUGAUGAACCAGCUGUGGGUGGGAGCGGGUCUGGUAAUGAUGAAGAUGAUGAUGAUGGAUCUCCAGAUGAUGAGGAUGUUGGAGGAUCAGGAUCUGGUAGUGGAAUGGGGGUACCUGUCGUUACAGAACCAACAGUUCCUACCACCACCAGCAAGCCAUUAACACCUUGUGAACAGUUAAGACGAGCCAGUAAAGAUUUAAUAGGAAACUACGUACCACGAUGUACCGUGGAGGGUGACUACGAUACCAUGCAAUGUCGAGGUUAUCCAGGCACUGGCGACUGUUGGUGUUCAGAUUUAGAUGGCAGGAUGAUCCCGUCUACCAAUAUGGAACAACCUAAUGUACCAGAUUGUGAAUUAGGUUCUAACUUAAGACCUUGUGUGUUUGAAAUCGUCAAAUUCUCACGUACCAGAUUAUUGGGUGGUAAACGACCAAAGUGUACAGUGGAGGGAUAUUUUCAACCUGUUCAGUGUGAAGGAUCUAUGUGCUAUUGUGCUACACCUUAUGGUAAAAAAAUAGAGGGCACUGAAGUCUUCAUCCACGACAAACCAAAUUGUCAAAUAACUGAAACAACAUUAAUGCCUAUUAAAAAUCUGAAGACUACAGCGAUAGCUACAACACCUAGAGUGGUUAUAGAGGAGAUUAUUACAACUAAAAAAAUAAAAACCAAUAAUCAGGGCAAGACAUCUAAACCUGAACCAGAAACAGAGUAUACAGAAUCACCUAAUGAUAAUACCAAUAUUAAACCUUUACCAGAAGAUAAUGGUGGAAUAGAUCUAACAGAUUCAGAUGAACCAGACACAGAAGAAAAUAAUUUGGUUGGUCCAGUAACACAUAUAAUGACCCAACCAGGCCUUCUAGCAGCUAUCAUAGGUGGAGCUGUAGUAACGCUAUUAUGUGCCAUUUUAUUAAUAAUGUUUAUAGUGUAUCGUAUGAGGAAAAAGGACGAGGGGAGCUAUGCCUUGGACGAGCCACGAAAAAUGCCUAAUUACUCGUAUCACCGAGCAGAAAAGGAUAAAGAAUUUUACGCAUGAGGAGUUAGAGAAUGAAAUUAUAGGGUCAUGUUAGAUAUUAAGGAUUUUUUUUCCGAGUUUGAUUUUUUUUAUGAAGGGUCACAAAUGUUCUUUUCGAGAGAAAAAAAAUCGUUCAUCCGAAAAAAUAUCUUUUAACAAACACUUAUGUCAUCUCUUGGUAUUUUUAAUAUUUUCACCAAAAUUUAAAUCUGUCAAAAGUUUGAGCGGGAAAUAUGGUGCAGAAUUACCUCACAGAAAUCCAUUAAAAGGCCAAAAAACGACUGCCAUUUUGAAAAUGAUAUUCCAAGAGAUGACAUACAAAUGUAUUGAAAUAAAACAGAAUUUUAUUUCAUCAACUUUUCAUAUAUAUUCAUCAGCAUUAAAUCAUUAAAAAUUUGAAUCAUUUCAAAGUAUCUCAUUGGUCAGUUUGAAAUUUUAACAGAUUUCAUUGGCUGAUUAAAAAUACAAAAAUGAUUUCAUUGGCCAGUGUAAAUUUUGAAAAUAUUUUAUUGCUUAAUUGAAAUUUAGAAUGUAUGAUUUGAAUUUGAAUUAAAUUUAACGAAAUAAUUCAUCUUUGCUGUCAAAUAAUAUGAAAAAUCUUUUCGAAUCAAAAUUUUUGAAAUAAUUUGAGGCAGGCACAACGCCUUGGACAUGAACAUUUUAAAAACAACAAUAAAUUGUUAAUAUUUGUAAAUAGAAUAAUUAUGUAUAAAAUUUUAGUUGUAAAUAAUCCAUCAGUAGUUGACACAAUUUCACAAAUUUAACGGACCUCAAAAUUGAUGAUGAUCUUACGGAAAAAUGUUGGCAAAUAUAUGUCACAUACUGGAGAAUUUAUUCAACCCAAGAUUUGACUUCUUUUCUAAAAUAUAAAAUGAGAACUGACAAUAAAAACAGCCUCAAAGGCUCUCAAAUUGUAACGCCCUUCGACAACUCUCUGCAGAUUCCUUAUGGUUAAUUCUACCUCUGUAAUUUUUGGAACUAAUUUGCAUAUUGAUAAUCGCUUAAGACUCCGGUACUAUCAGUAAUAAGGGACACUGUUAAACACCUCUCUCGUGUUGCCCAGUUCUAGCAAAACUUUCAGGGUAGACUGUUAGUUUGAUGUAAUGGCAUUCAAAGAAUCUAAAAAAAAGUCGUUAAAUUUGUGAAAGGUUAAAUUUUUUAUGAUUAAUCAAGGAAUUUAAUUUAAUUUUACAAAGUUUUUAUUUAAAUGGCAGAGCAUUUUAAAAAUGAUACAUCUUAAUGUUGAAAGAAAAGCUCUUACUGGAACAUUCUCACAAUAGGUGAUACAAGAAUACUGGCUAUUGUUGUCAAGGUAUAAGAUGAAGUUAGUAAUACCUUGACCAUUGUGAAGAUAGGCAAUUGUUUGAGUUGAACGUAAUGAGCACCUUCUAGAUAUUGAUGGUGUUUCACCAACCAGUUUUUAAAAUAAGAACUUUGUAAAUAAUAUUUGAAGUGUAUAUAGAAAUUAUUUGUAUAUGCCAUAAACUAAUCAGUAAAUAAGAAAUUUUAAUUUUUUUUUUACGAUUUAUUUUAAUUGUCAAAUUCAUUUGGGGAAAAUGAUGGUUCAAUAUAAAGCUCCAUUUUAACUACUUUAUUUGUCUUCAUUCUAAGGUUGAAUAUUAAUGUUUUAUAUCAUGCUAUCUAUUUGUAUUAAAAGCCAAAACUUGUCGAUGAAAUUGUCGAAUUUUAUAUUGCUUUUGAAUAAGUUUUUUGAUAUUCAGGUCUGAAUUACUACAAGUGGUGGGUGUCACUUGCGAAGCAGACUAUGCUUUCUCUUUUCGGAACACCUGAUGGUACUUCUCUUUGGAGGAGUCCACUACUAUACAACUUUUAUUUGUUUGACGGAAUUGUCUUGUUUGGUAAAUUCUAUUACAAAUGUAUGAGGAGCUGUUGUUAGACACAUUAUGUCUAGCUAAAAGUCUAAAAUGACUGGUAGAAAUGUCGUUGAUAAUGACAAUAUUGUCCAUGGUUAGCUGACUUCAGAAGCAAUUUAAAUAUCUUCAUAUUUCAGUCGAUGUUAAAAAAAA